UGAAAACUUAAAUACCGCCUGAUUGGGACCAGCAAAGCACAAAUCAUUUGGCACCUCUUUAUAAACAGGGAUCUGCGGAACAUCAUUUUUAUUAACCUGAGGAACAGCUUUCCUUGAUCCCGAUUGUCACCAUGUGUCCCCUUAUCAGCACUGUGAGUUGAGAUCCCCUCCCCAGCCUCCUCAACUGCUUAAGAAAUCCAACCUAUCUUUCCUAGCACUCUUUUACAUCCCAAUUUAGUUGGGGAAGAGGAAUAACAACAUGGCCCUCCUGGGACACAUUUGUUUGUGUCUGUCAGGACUUGUUUUGGUCCUAGGGCAGGAUGGGGCUGGCUGGGGACAGAUGAUCCAGUGGGAAGAGAGCGGGAGGCGAUACCGGUUGCUAAACUCAGGAUCUGAAUACCAGGCAGCAGGAGAAGGCGCUGGGGGAGCUCGAGUUGUGCUGGAUGGUAGUCGUGGGACAGGCUCUGACCGCCGCCGUCAGGCACCCACUUUGCCCCGUACCAGUUCCCAGACAGUGAGGGGUAGCACACGUCACCCUUUUGGCUUUGGGCAGGUGCCAGACAACUGGCGAAGUGGCGGAGAAACAACAGGUACAGGACGAUUUGUUCCUUCUGCAGGGACAGGUGGAGGAGGAAGAGUACGACAGUCAACAUCCCAGAACUCUGCUGGACAAUCAUUCCUUUCAAGGCAGCAACCCCCCUAUGUUCAGCAACCCCCGUAUGCACCCCAACCCCCUUAUGCACCACAACCCCCUUAUGCACCACAACCACCUUAUGCACCGCAGCCUGACUAUUACCCACAGGGGUAUGACGACACCUAUGGAUACCCAAGAGGCGGUGGUGGAUAUGUGGCACAGCCUUGGGGGGGUGGAUAUGAGGAAUCCUGGGAAGAACACGUGCCACCAUUUGGUCAGCCACCUUAUUUUGGUGCAUCACCCAACCUAGCCCCUCAGCAGCCACCACCAGCAAAUCCCAUAGUACCACAGGAUGGGCUUGACCGACGGUUUUCCCACAGUCUAUUCAGGGGGAGUGAAGGGUCUCCAGACAGCGAUCCAGUUCGUCCAGCAGUGGGAGCUGAUGGUGGAGAUGCGGGAUUUCUCCCUUUUGGAGGAGCUGGUGGAGGUGAAGGUAGCAACUAUGGUACACAGACCAGGUUGUCCAAUGCCCCAUCUACAGGCGGUGAAACCCAGGGGGCACAACAAAGCAGAGCCAGCGUGGGAAACGUUUUCAGAAACGGACAAAAUAAUAGAGGCCUUCCAGAUUUGGUGCCUGAUCCAAGUUAUGUCCAGGCCGCUACCUAUGUUCAGAGAGCUCAUCUCUACUCUCUACGGUGCGCAGCAGAAGAGCGCUGUCUGUCCAGCUCUGCAUAUGCAGAUGAUGCAUCAGAUUAUGAUGUGAGAGUGUUGCUUCGCUUCCCUCAGAGGGUGAAGAAUCAAGGAACUGCCGAUUUCUUACCAACUCGUCCACGCCAGGCUUGGGAGUGGCACAGCUGUCACCAGCAUUAUCACAGCAUGGAUGAAUUCAGUCACUAUGACCUGCUGGAUGCCACAACUGGUAGGAAGGUUGCAGAGGGGCAUAAGGCCAGCUUUUGCCUAGAGGACACAACCUGUGACUUUGGAAACCUUAAGAGAUAUGCAUGCACAUCACACACUCAGGGUCUAAGUCCUGGUUGUUAUGAUACAUACAAUGCGGAUAUUGACUGCCAGUGGAUUGAUAUCACAGAGGUGAAACCUGGGAACUACAUACUCAAGGUUGUGGUGAAUCCUAAAUACUUAGUGUUGGAAUCUGAUUUCACCAAUAAUGUGGUGCGAUGCAAUAUCCACUAUACCGGACGUUACGUGUCUGCCACAAACUGCCGCAUCUCACAGUUUUGAGCAAGACUAUUAUCAAUGGCAGAUAUGGGAAUUGUACACCGAAAAGACAUAGAGAUCCCCACCCCUCACCCCCAUCCUUAUUCAAUCUAAUUAGCUCACCAAAAUUCAUAUUAACACUUAUGUAAAAAAAUCCUCACUUUUUUCCCAAUAAAAUGAAUUUUACUA